CUUCCCAUGAGUAUCUCAUCGUAAGGUGCGGAGGGCCCUCUUGCAUCUUACAAGCCAUUAAAUAUCCCUUUUCACCAAGGUCUAAGCUAUUGCAUCAACCUAUUUCAAGUUGUUUCGCGAAGUAGCCCUCACUGUCGCUAUCUCUGUAUAGAGCGGUGUUGAGACAGCCUGAACAUCCAAAUGGCCGAACCGAGAAAAGUACAAUUUGUCACCCUGUCGGCCUUUGCUGGUGGUCCAGCCACAGAAUCUAGGAAACGCCGGCUGGACGAUGAGGCCGAUAUCAACUUUGAUAGAGACGGGAGAAUGGGUGCUUCAGUGACCGGGGCACCAGGAGCUGGUGGUUUGUUCGGCAAAACUGCCGUAAGAGACAACGGUGAACCAAAAGGCAUAACUGUGCGACUGAAUCUUUCUCUUUCUGAGCCGAACGACCAGUCCUCAGCCGAGUUCAAUUAUGCUGAACUCAUCCAAUCUCAACAGACUAAAAAGACUCCACAGAAUCCAGGUCUAACACCUACACUGGACCCAAAUGACCCAUUCAAUGAUGAAGACAGAGAACGACAGGAGGUAGAGGCUUUAGCAAGAAAGUUUGAAAACAAAUAUGGUAAUACAGGGAAGAAGAAGAGGAAAGACAGGAUGCAGGAUCUGAUAGAUAUUGGCUUUGGCUAUGACGAGAGUGAUCCCUUCAUCGACAAUUCUGAGGCUUAUGACGAGCUGGUGCCAGCGUCCUUAACGACCAAGCUGGGAGGUUUCUACAUCAACACAGGCACUCUGCAGUUCCGCGCGGCUUCCGACUCCGAGGGAGAGGACGCGGGACAGGAGGGCAAAUCCAGAGUGAAGGAUGGAGAGGAGCAAAUGAUUAAGAAACGGAAAAAGAAAGAAGGUACCAAUUUGGAAGACAAGAAACCCAGGAAGAACAGAAUACCCAAACAAGGAGUGACCGCUCUUAACAUCCACAGGCCAGAGAAGAAGAAGAGAAAGAAAUUAAUGAAGGAUUCUCUGUAUCUGGCUGCCAUGCUUCGCCGCUUUUCCCGGGAGAAGGAAGAGAUUCGGAAAAACAACCUUAACGCUGCUCACCCCAACCUGGGCGCGGGUCUCGCCAACGCGACCCACGCCAACAAUCUGCUCCAGAACUCCGGUCUCCAUAGCAACCCCGCCACCAACGACAUCUCCCUCGCCGAACUGACCUCUGACCCGGCCAUGCUGUCGCUGCUGAACUCGGCCAGCGAGAGCGAAAUACACGACCUCCUCGGAGACCUGGACUUUAGUUUCCUGGACGCGGCUCCUCAGACGUCCAGCCCCAGCAGAGAGAACGGGCAGCUGGGAGGUUCGGUGGGGCAGAAGACAGGAGUGGGUGGGUUGGGGAGGGGGCUCCUCUCUCCCCCUCCGCUGCCGGCCGGAUUACCUGCGCCGCUCAUUAAACGCAUCGAGGAUCUGCGGGCGGCUUCAAGACAAUUUGACCAAGAGGGCAGGAAGAAAUUCUUCACUUUGGAUAUGAAUAAUAUUCUACUGGACAUUGAGCUGCAGGUGCAGGAGCAGCCGGCCUCGGUGCGAUCUGACGUGUACUCCCAUUUAGAAGCAUUCGUGCCCUGUAACAAAGAGGCUCUGCUCAAACGCCUUAAAAAACUCAGCCUUAACAUCCAGGAUGACCGCCUGCGAACCCCUCUCUUGAAGCUGAAGUUAGCAGUGUGCAGCAUAAUGCCGGAGCAGAUAGCCAGAUACAACAGCGACUGCCUCGCUAAAACCGCUGCCAAGCAGCAGUGUGAAGAAGGAGAGAAGAACGGAUCAGAAGAGGAGGAUGAGGAGAAGCCUGGGAAGAGGGUGAUGGGACCACGGAAGAAAUUUCUUUGGGACGACAAACUCAGGAACUUGCUGUGUAAUUUGGUGCGUGUUAAGCUGAGCUGCUAUGAAGCGGAUUCCCAGGGCUCACUGUCAGUGGAGGACUACCUCAAGGCCUUCAUGGAGAAUGAGGUCAAACCACUUUGGCCUAAAGGCUGGAUGCAAGCCAGGAUGCUAUUUAAGGAAAGUCGCGCUGUGCACGGUCAUCUCACGGGCCUAGGCAAAAAGAGGAUGGUUCCAACUCCUAAAUCCACCAAACCCAAGGAGGUUGGUUGGAUUCAGCGUCCCAAUCCGGAAGGUGCCACGCCCUCUCCCUCCGUUGCUCCGGCAGCGCGGCAUCCUCCGCUUUCUCCCUCUGAGCCCAUCUGCCUCUCCGACUCGCUGGACGAGGACCUGGCCGCCAACUCACUGGACUCUAUAUCCCAGGCUCUGGCCCUCCUCAACAAUGCUGCAAAGGGCCUUUCUCAAAACAACGGCACUCCAGCCUCCUCUUCCCCCUCCUCUCCACCCAGAAUCCCCGGCUCCUCCUCUGGGGUCAGCCACUACGCCUCCCCCCUCUCACAUUCCCUUCCAACCAAAAUGGAGACCCCGGUCAUGUCUCUCGGUAACAACACUCUAUCUACCUCUGCGUCCCUGUCCUCCUCUCCCUCUCUCUCCUCCCGCCCAUCAACAAUAACCUCAUCCCCCUCGUCUUCCGCGCGAGGAGAAGCCUUCGCCAUGUUGAAGGAGGUGGGGUCCAUGCAGCAGGCGCAGGCGAGACAUUCGGUGACGCCCACGCAAAGGUCCGGCAUGGGAGGAAUAAACACCUCGCCCUCUCCGACCUCCAAACCACGACCUCCCCCCACAGCUUCUCCCCUUUUACCUCCUCAGCAGAGACCCUUUGGCCCCAUGGGUAUGAAGUCUGGACAGGCUGCGCCACCCUCAGGUUUGGCCAAGAACUCUACAAACAAACCCAUCGGCGGCAACGGCGUCGGCGGUGGGAUUCUGGCCGCUUCCCAGCAACCACGCAUGAACUCUCACCCCUCUCAGUUGAACUCCAAGAGCCCCCAGCAGCCGCGGGUGCCGAGCGCCCCCUCCCCGACCCCGUCCCCUCCCAACUCCCUCCACGCCUCCGGUAAAGUCCCUCACCAGCAGUCUAGCUUUAUCACCCCCAUGCAGGCCACCCUCACCAAGUCCUCCCACAGUAGCAGCUCCCCCAUCAUCAAACUCACGCCAAGGCCCCCGGCCCCCACCCCUCCCCCCUCGUCCUCACCUUCCCCCUCCUCUUCCUCCCCAUCUCUCUCUCACGCCAGGCCUCAGAUGAUAACCACUCCGCAUCAGUACAGCCCCAAAAGCCCCGGCUUCCGACCUCCGUUCACGGUUCAAAGCGGGGCGUCCGGGGUUAUGGCGGGACAAGGGCAGGGAAGCUACAGUUUCGCGGGGGGACAGAAACCCACCUCUCCCCACGCGGCCAGCGGAAACAACGCUAACCCUAACUCAAUGGGCACAACCCUGACUGGCUGUCAGGACAACAGCCCCACCCCAUCAGCCAUCUCAUCCGGCCACGGACAAAGACAGAGGCCAGUGGGAGGAGCCAGCCAGAGCACCAAGCCUGUGGUCAGCCGAACAUCGGCCCCGACGUUGCCAACGACUCUGGCAACUUCCCACAUGUCACAGGUGUCUUCGGCUUCGGGCACUAACCUCCUGGGCUCGGUGCCCCCUUCCCUGCCUCUGGGUUUCGGGAUGUUGGGUGGCCUGGUGCCCGUGUCCCUGCCCUUCCAGUUCCCCCCGCUGCUCAACUUUUCUCCACCUGGAGUGCCAGGCUGCAGCAGUAUGGGGGUAUCCCCUGGCUCUAACUCAGGAUACACCCUGGCCCAGAAUCUGUUUAAGAGUCUCCAGUCAGGGUCUCAGGCUGCUCUACCUCCUCAUUUGCAGCUUGCUUUCUCAGAUACGAACCAAAGCCAGGGUGGAGAAGUUAAGAGGAAAUCCCACUGACCAAUCGGAAGAGGAAUGUAAAAGUCAAAAGGCGUGAUGUCAUCGGCUCUGUAGCUGUCAGAUGGAUGACUAACAAAACCAAGG